AUGAGAGAUACGACUCAUUUUGGAGCAGAUUGUUACCAAUAUAACUCAAUUACUGGUAGUCGUAAUGUUCUUAUGAAAAUGACUAUAAUUUUUCCUACUAAUGCACCUAGAUUUAACUAUUUCCGUACAGGUAUUAAUGUAAAUCGUAUAUUACUUGUAUCUGGUUUUCUUCAAUGUAUUAAAAAUGAUAUUAUUUAUAUAGAGGCUACAGAUAUUGACUUUAUAAAUACUCUUGGCACUGAUCAUAGUAAACAAGGAGGUUUUUCAUCAAAUUCAAAUAUCAGUUCAGAUAUAGACCUUAUUGCAGAAGAAAUCGAAUCCACCACUUCUAGAGCGUCAAAAAGAUUUCGUAAUUUAACAUCUAAAUCUUCAAAACAAGAUGAUGACCUUACUUUUGCUAUGAAAGAAGAACCAGUAUCUGAUACUGAACCUACUCAAAAUAAGAGAGGAAAAGAAACAUUUAAACCGAACAUUAAAGGUAACAUGGAAAAAGAAAAAAAUUUUGAAGAAAAAGAAUCUAGCAACUUUGAAAUUUUAGAAGAAUUAGAUAAUCAAAACCUUGAACAAAAAAGAAAAGCAAAUACGAAAGAAAAACCACCAUAUGAAACUAAACAUACUAAAAUUAAAAAGGGAAAAGAAACUUUUACAGAAAAGGAGAGCAGUGAUGAAGAUGAAGAAAAGGAACUUAGUGACGAAGAUGAAAUUUUAGAAGAAUUAGAUAAUUGA